AGGCCAAAGAGAAGCGGCAGCUGAAAGACAGAUGAGACAGAGGGAGGGCUGUGGGAUGUCAUGUGUAAAGGACUCUCAUUGGAGGCAAAGAGAAAGCAGGCUGCUAUGCACAUUGUAAGGGGGGGAAAGGGGAAACGAAAAGCAUCCUCCUACGCGCUGAAGCCAUCUCGGUCGCUCCGCGACAUUCUGGAGUCCACGUCUCAGUGUCCUUCAGUUCUGGGGAGGAAAAGCUCUCACAAGCCUGGAAUGAUGUCCUCCAAGUUGAAGUGGCUGAUUGUGAUUCAGCUCUUGCUGAAUGAAGAGGCUUUGUGCAGGGUCCCACCUCCUCUGGCGCUCAGAUCCACUCCACUUCCAGCAGCGGCCAUCAACGAAGCGAGCGACACACCAGCCGAACGCGAUCACCUGCCGCUCCUGGGACACAAACUCCAACGCACUAUCCCGUCUGAACAAAACCCUAAGUCUGCACAAAAAGAGGGGGGAGUGCAAUCUGCCAAACAUAUAAUUUCAGUCCUCAGGGCCAAGCUUCCGGAGCAGAUACAAGAUUACCUCCACAUAAACGUAAGCUGCAGGGAGCUGCUAGCCGCCAGCACCUUGUACGACCCAUCGUCCUCCUUGUUCCCCCAGGAGCUCCUGGCUCUCUCUUUGGUGCCUGUGUUGGUGGUGGCAGGCUGCCAACAGGAGGCACAGACCCUGGUGCUCAAGCUGCACGACCUCCUUGGAGUGGCGGACGCGGAGGACCUCCUGAUGGAGGUGGAGGCUCUGAUAGAGCGCAGGGUGAGCAAGGCGGCAUCUACGCCUGCCGGGAGGAAGCAAGCAGGUCGCCACAUGGAGGCUGUGAUGUUUAACAUCCAGCAGCUGACCGCGCUGGGAGAAGGUCACUCGAAGCACGAAGGGCGCUGUGAGGGUUGGACCCGGGUCAGUGGAACCGCCCUCACGGGAACAGCCGCGGAAGGAGCCAGGGGGGAUCUGGAGGAGGCCAUGGGCGCCUGCGAGAGACUCGGAGCGCUGUGUGCUGGUGUGACCAGCAGCGGACCGCUCCAACCUGGGGAGUACAGCGGAGUGCUGAAGAACGGCAGUCGCGUCUUACCCUCCGAAUUCCCCGGGUCUGAAUGCUGGAUCCGACGGUGCGGCGCGGAGGAGGGUGCCUGGGGUCGACGGGUGAGUCGCAGCACCCGGAGGAGCUGCAUCAACAAAAGCGAGGAGCGCGUGUACAACGUGGUCGAGUGGAUCCCGGCAGUCAGCACCCUGUACAACCUCGGCACAGCCGUGUAUUACGCCUCAGUCAACUGCUCUGAGACGGCCAAGGAGAGGGCCCUCCUCAGCGCGGUGGACCUCGGCACAGAUGCUCUCAUGGUGGCGACAGGGGGGACCGCCGGGGUGGCGGGCUACGCUCUGGGCGCGGGCGUGAAGACCGGUGUGAAGGCGGGCGUCAGGUACCUGCUCAACUCCAUGAAGCAGGAGGACGACGUGCUGGUGAACCAGGUCAGCUGGGAGGACGGCGUCUUCGCCGUUCAGUAGGCCGAAGGGUCAACAAAUCAACCUGUGAAUAUUUAGUUUAUUAGUUUAAAUCAAACAAGGCAGUUACACAGGAUCAAUGUUUGUGGACUGACAUGGAUAGUAACAUAUUGGUUUACUAGACGUAAUAUAGUCUAGAUUAUUUAAAAAACAAGAUUACCCAUUUUUGUAUUAGAAUACUGAGUGGAUUAUCAGAAGUUUUGAAAGAGGAACAAAGCUUUUUAUUUAUGUGACUGCACAAACUUCAAUCACAGUUUGACACAAUGAUUCUUCUUUAUUACAGUUCUCAGUGAUUUUUGUAAUGGAACAUAUGACAUUGAUUUAGGGUAUUGUGGAGUUAUAUUACACAUUACAUUACAUGUCAUUUAGCUGACGCUUUUUGUCCAAAGCGACUUACAAUAAGUGCAAACAAGUUUGAUGAAGUUCAUAAAGUAAGCUUUUAACCCUAUUUUUGCAACUAGAACAUGUUUGUGUAUAAUUAAAUAAAUAGUACAUUAAUGUAUCAUUUUAAGCAGCAACUUCUGAAGAAAAAGUCUCAGGAAAUUAAACCUCCAUUCCCUAAAGACUUCAUUUUACUCUACAUCCCGUUUUUUUCUCCCGGCUGUUGAAAACAUUUUGUCAUGCCAUGAAAACAUUUUGUCAAGUCAGAGUCACAUUCCCAACAACUAAUGAAAUAUAUGUUUUCUUUUUUUCUUAAAUGUCAGAAAAUUGUACAGUAUAUUAAAACUAUGUGCACCUACAGUGACUGCAGUGUGGUAAUUCUGAAUAUUCUCAUGCUGCAUGUAUUGUAAUUGUCUUGACUAUUUUUUUUAAAAGAGUAGUGAAAAUACAGUAUUUGAAGUGCAAUUUCACAUUAAACUGUAUUUUCUACUUACGCUAAGUCUUUGUCUGCAACAUACAAAGCACAGUUUUAGAUUGGCACAUGCUGAGAGGCUUUAACAAAAAAGAGAAGUUGUUAUUGUUUUUACUAUUCAGACUAAAAUAGGAAGUUACAAUUCUGCUGUGAAAAUUGUCCCUGAAUGUCUACUUGAGGUCUGUUUGAACCCAGAUGGCCGACAUCUCUGUUAAAUGUGCAUGCUCUUACCUGGUUCUUCUCUCGCAUCCCAAUAAAGGGACAAGACAAGUGUA